AGGUGCGGGAGGGUCGGCCAUUGUGACGAAGUCGCGCGAGGGGGCGAAGUGUGGAGACCGAAAAAUGAGGGUGCGCGGUCUGUCAGAUGUGUGGCGGCUGGUGUGGUUGCUCUGUCUCGUUCUAGCGACGAGCUUAGCGCAAACGUCGCAGCUCUGUCCGGCCCACAGUCAGAUCACGCCGUGUUCCUGCAGCGUGAAGAAAUCCGGCCUGGACAUCGUAUGCGAGAGCACCGACCUCACGCACAUCUCCAAGGCCAUGGCCGUGUUAAAGGGAAGACCGAGCGCCGUGAUAUUCUACCUUAGGCUUAGGCACAACACCCUGCCCAAGCUACAGGGAUACGUGUUCCUCGGGCUAGACAUACGCCACCUCACCAUUCACAAUAGUAGCCUCGCGGUGCUCGAGGAACCUUCUCUUAGUUCUAUCGGAUCCGGAUUGACACAGCUGGAUCUCUCCCAAAAUUCGCUGAGUAGCGUCCCAUCUGUCGCGUUGCGAGACCUUCACCAUCUCCUGAUUUUGAAUUUGAACCAUAACAAAAUCACCGUCAUUCACGACAAGGCUUUUGAAGGUCUUGAUACACUCGAAAUCCUCAACCUUUACGAGAACAAGGUCUCCAGCAUAGAGCCGGAUGCGUUCAAAGGACUUGAUAACCGCAAACUCAAGAGGCUUAAUUUAGGCGGAAACGAGCUUACGAAGAUUCCAACUCAGGCAUUAAAUUCGUUAGAAUUGUUGAAGAAACUAGAAAUGCAAGAAAAUCGCAUAUCAAGUAUAGAAGAAGGAGACUUCGAAGGAUUGAAAGCACUUGAUUCGUUAGGAUUGGCACACAAUCAUCUCCGAGAGGUCCCGGCGCGUGUAUUCUCCCACUUAACGCAAUUAAACUCUUUGGAACUCGACGGAAAUCAAAUUACUCACGUGGAUCCUAAUGCAUUCAUCGGUCUUGAGGAAAAUCUGCAGUAUUUACGACUGGGAGAUAAUAAUUUACAUUCAGUACCAAGCGACGCUCUACGGCGUUUACAUCGCUUACGUCAUCUUGAUUUGCGGUCAAAUAACAUCACUGUACUUCCGGAGGACGCAUUCACGGGUUACGGAGAUUCCAUCACUUUCCUUAAUCUACAGAAAAAUUUGAUUAAAGUGCUCCCGCCUCUGGUAUUUGAGAACCUCAAUUCGUUAGAAACUUUGAGUUUGCAAAAUAACAAACUCACACAUAUCCCAGAAGAAGUUACGGAGACCAUCGUUGACACUCUACGCCACAUCGAUAUAACAGAUAACCCUCUGAUUUGCGACUGCGAGCUGCGAUGGUACUCCGUGUGGCUCGGGAGUUUGCGCGACAAGGACGACGAGAUGAUGUCAAAGAAGCGGACGGUCUGCACGAUGCCCUCAGAGCAUCGUGAGUACUCGGUGCAAAAUAUACCGCUCGAGAGGAUGGGCUGCGUGGCCGGCAAGAAUGCCGGGAGAGUCUCGUCGGCGGCUACCGGGUGCAAAAUAUACGUCGACGCGUCACUACCGUUGAUCGUUCUCGCUGCCGUUCUAGCGUAAGCGCGCCGAGGGGCGCGCGACUUCGUGAUUGAAAUAUCAUCGACUUUUCGUCUCGAUACCAGCGGGACGAUCAAACGAUUCUAUUUACAAUCGAUCUUUUCAUUGAGCGCCAUUAUAAUUGUUGGAAAUCACGACGAACUUUCGGUUUCAUUAUUCAAUCCUGCAAAGAGCUUGUUACGGCGAAGAAACGUUCCUUCCUGGUUUUUUUUUCGGGGUAAUCGUGACGCGAUAGCGGAGACGCGUCACGAUUCCGCGAUAAACUUGCCCGCUGACGUAGAGCCCAGCCUUCUGCAGAGAAUGAAAUGAAACUUUAUUGCGCAUCUCGUCGCGCUAUAAUUUGAUAUAUUCACGGUAGACAUGGCUCGUCAUAAAAAUGACAUAAGACGGCUGCGACGCAAAAAGUCGGCGCACUAUCGCGAUGUCAGUUUGUUACGAUCGAUCGAGUACGCGGAUCUUAGCAGAUUUUAUCGAACACCAGUGAGAAUCUCCUCAAUCUCGGGCAUCUGGGCGUUAUUACACGAAUUGCUAUGAUUCGAAACGAGGGAGGAAUGAUAAAUUCCUCCGAAGAGCCGCUUUUUUAUUUCCCAUCGAGGACAGGUGUCUGUUUCGUGCGCGGAAAGAUGUAUCAGGCGGAUAACUGCUUUUUUUGUGCAGACGCGUCCAUGCAAGGCGAUCGCGCAUGAGCAAUCGCGUAGCAUGACAAUCGAUCUUUUGAGAACUAAAUAUUUAAAAUUCUUUCGGAUACUCGCCGGACGCUUUCGCGAUAUUUUUGCUCUCUGUCCAAUCAUCGGAAGUUCCUUCAUCGGACAUUGGAUUCAAUCAAUUUUUCAUACACGCGCGGUUAUCUAUUCUAUUGCCUGCAAGACAGUUUGCCGGAAUAUUUGGAUUUUAAUCGAAUUGGCAUUCUUGAAAUUCUUUGGCGCUGUCUCUAAAUUAUUAUUCGAUACUCGUAAUGUGAAUCAAUUAAUUUUCGCGGUAAUUGCAAUCCAGCGAUAAAUUUAUUUGCUCCAGUCAAUCAAGCCCCCCGCGGAGUAGAAUUUGCGAGAGUAGGCUAGUCAUGCUUAAAAAAUCAAUCGCAUCGCGGCAAGCUAGAUCGCCGAUCGGUAAGUGCCACGAGCAAUUCUUUGCAAUUGCCGCGUGUCGAAAUGAUAAUCAUAGACGUUGCACGGCCGCACAGACAUCAGCGUAACAAGCGGCGCGUAAGAGUUAUACUUGCUACGACGGCGGAUUUAUUUCUGAUAAAAUCAUUGUUAUUUGUGGAACUCUCAGAUGCUUUACGAUCGAAUUGUAGACGCCCACCGCAACCGUAGUAAAUAAACUACGAUUCAUGCUGCUUGAUAACUCGUCAAUGAGACUUCUCUCACGCAAUACAAAGUAGUUAUUUGGCAACGAGAUAUGUUGUUCACUUGUACAGUUCGAUAGUAUAGGGUCUGAGUGGUUGCUAAGAUCGAACGUCGAUCGCACGAUCGUCCGGUGGACCGAAGAAUUCUCGCUCGUGAAAAGAAUGCACGAGUUUUCUUCACCGAAACGUUACAUAUCAGCAUCGUUGCCAAUUAUUUCGUGGUUAUUUGUUAAACUCGCGGCGCGAGGCGUAGUAUAGCGUAGCGGAUUCGAGUGGCCGGAAGUCAGUCGUCGGAAGUCGGCCGAUACCACCGGGCCACUCGUCAUAUACAUAUCAAUACGUUCCCGUUGAACGCAGUGCCGCGAAUCGUCGACAUCCCUCGUAAUGCUCGCAUUUUUUCCGUACGUCAUGAUCUUCCGAGACUUUGAAAAAACACUAGUUAUGAUUUUUUACUUAAAAAUUUUCGGGAAACAGAUUAUUGAAUCUUCCCGCUUAAAUUAUUUUUGGCGUAAAUAAACUCUUGUUCAAGCCACAAUGAUUAAAAAGUAAUUGAAUUAUUCAAUUAAAAUGGAAAGUCAAAAGAGGACAAUGUUUCUGACACCCGUCUUUUGCCAACUUUUCUGCUAGAAGCUUUUCUGUCCCUGCGCGGUAGCGGCUAACAUCUUGAGAUCGCCUCGAUACUUAACUAACUCGAUUCGCAAAGACCCGACCGCUCGAAAUGAAAUAAUGACUGUGCUGAUGACACGUAAUACUCCCAACAGGAAACCGACACUUGUCAAAGCCGGUAGAGCACAAACGCGGUUAUUCAAAUGCCUCGUUGCGCCCGUUUUACGACUCGGUUACUUCACCGUCGCUACAGCUGACGUGUACCCUAAGAUUACAUCAUCUCGCAAAAGGAAGCACGUGCAACGCACAUAUUUGCGGCACGAAAUGCAAACGAUCACACCCGCGCAAUUCCUUAAUUGUGUACAAAAUUUCUCUCUUCUGCUUAAUAAACUAGGAUAAUUUGUGGUUAUGUCGGAAAGAUCGUGACGUACGAAAAUAUAUGCUAAACGUGCUUCGCAUCGAGAAACCUUCGAAUGCAUCCAAGGAUGCAUCGAGCAACGAACACGGAGGCAUAUCGUGCGGAAGAUCGAUCAUAGAGGCGCAGUUCACGGGACGUAGUGCUGAUCACAGUGCUAAUGCAGAAAGUAACAUGUGUUUUGCUAUUCGAUACAUAUAAUAAGAAUAAGGUAGAGUUUAAGCCUAAGGCAUUAUUAUAAGAUGAACAUGUUGCGUGGCGAAAUAUUAAGGACACGCGUUAUAUAACGCGCCAAGCCGUGCUUUUCGAAAGAGAAUUUCGAAGCUAUCAAUUUUAGAAAGUACUUCAGGCCUUCAAUUACCCUACUUCGUUUCAUUAUGUAAAAUAGCGGUUAGCAAGAUUCAAUUAGUAACAUCCUAUGCAUUAGUUUCGUCAAAAGUAUUAUUCUUCAAAAGUUAGGAUUUUUUUCUUUUACGAAUAAUAAAAAUAAUUUUCAGCGAGUAUUUCAAAAUUAAAAUAUUUUAAUAUUUUAAUGUGAAAUAAAGACAGAAGUCACUUUUGGGGCACCAAGGUAUCACGCAAUAAUUUAAAACUAAAAUGGACUAUUAAACAAAACAAGCAAUAGCGUGAUGGUGCUUUACAUUUAUAUUUUUUUUUGUAUGCUGCAUAAGGAUUUAUUUGUUUUAAUUUGAUGCAAUAUGAUUACGUCGAUGAUCCAGAAGAAAUAUAAUUAAUACAAUGUUAAUGUCUCAUUCGCUCGAGUGAAGAUUUUCUUUUUCGAAUGCGCAGGCAAAGGCGCGCAACAAUACCACAUACAUCCGUACACAUAUCAUUUAUACGCCCAAGUCUACUUGUAAGAUAAACUGAUUAAUUAAGUCGAUUUAAGGCUUGACGAAGCUGUAACGACUAAAGAUCGUAUACAUAUCGUGAACGUACGAGAUUUAAGAGAAUUUAUUUGUUAACAUAUACAUAUAUAGAUAUAUACAUAUAUGUACGUUACAUAUAAUAUAUAUAUUAUUAUGCAUUAUUACGAUCAUAAAAGAUAUAUAUUAUAUACCUAUAUCUCUUAUAUAUGCACUGGAUGUUUUUUCUAAGAAGUUAUAUAGAUAAUGAUACGAAGCCGCCGAGCGCACAUUGACGUUGAAAAAUUAGUUUUUAUUCAAGUGAGGUUUCAUCAUGCUUACGACCUGUUUUAUCAUUUUACUCGUAUUAUACUACGUUUUAUAGCAAAUUCAGUGUAGAAUUUUCUAAGUAAAAAAUAUUUAUCAUUGCUACUAUAUUAAACUUAGAUAAGUAAAAGAUACGCCGAAUGCGAUCCUCUGCAGGCCCUACAUUUAGCUUAGGAUUCGUACGAGGCAUAUCUAUAUAUUUAAUACUGACCUUUCCCGCUCUUUCCCUGUUUAUUAUAAUUCUGUAUGUAUAAUUUAUAAGUAUAUAUAAUAUUUUGAAGUUUAUGUAUAUUUAUGAUUAUUAAAGGGAAAAAACGGCAAUGUGUGAACGGUAGUAAGUUACAAAAAAAAAAGUUGAUAGACACGAAAGUACAGCUAGCAAAAUAGUAUAAUUAUACCUGAGUCAGAAGUUCGGUAUAUAUACCUAAAUCAAUUAAUUAUUGAUGAGAAACUGAAAUAUAGUAAGAAGAAUGUCUCAAACUUCUAUGUUUUGCUUUCUUAUAUUCCAAUUAAUAAUCCCAACAACCUUCCACACCACUGAAUAUUCUUUCUCUUUGCUUACUUGAUUAAUUGAUAAAAUAAAUUAAUAGAACAAAGUUUUCUAAUUAAUAGGAAUAAAAACAAAUCUAUUGUCGCGGUAAAAAAUUUCCUCAAAUUUAAAUCAAUUAUCUGCUCGUACACGCGAAAGCUCUCUUACCCAAUUCGCUAAACAACUUCCGGCUCGGGCGUUAGGACAUAUCUUUAAACAAUUUUUAGAGCGAUUAUAAGGCGAAAACGGGAACGUACAGUCCGCGCGUCUCUAAUCUCUUCGCUGCUGGAUAUCAUAGCGACAUACGCUGGUAAGAUGCUCUGAACACUUGAUUAUUAUUCAUAAAAAUGCUAUAUAAUGUUGAAUCACAUUUCACACCUUAUCGAAUAAUAACUGAAUAAAACCGAGAGGUGGAACUGUUUCUAGAAUUCUGACAGUUUACAAACAGCGAGAAGAAUACUGAGCGCUUAUCAGUGGCUGCAGCAGCGAAAAGGCUACAGAUCGCCGGAUAUCGAGCCCGCAGAACCAUGUCGAGACAUAUCGCUGGGUGCCGGCGCUGGACUCGUCGGGCGCGCCGUUUAUUAUUACUAAUUAUUAUAAGCGGAUAUUUUUGUACAGCGUCUUACAAUGUGGUCGGAUCGUUGCCGGCGCGCCCAACGGGCGUAUUCUGGCCCGCUAAUUAUACUUACUUCACUUGAUAACGCGCGAAUACCCUGAAAAGACGCGUGAAUACGCGCGAACACGAUGAUACCUAAAUAAGCAUACGUGCGUGCGUCAGCAGGAUGUGUAAACGAAAUUGUCGGCGGUCCCACCCAGGACCCACGCCCACGCGUAAGGACGAUAAACGGAGCUUAAUUAUAUCGAUCGAAGAAUAUUAUCUUUAUAAUCUCGGUGCUCGCUCACACGUUGCUUCUUCGCAUGACUCGAGAAACCUCGUAUCUGUGUUAACACACACAAUAUACUGUACACAACACGACACAUGCAUUAUAUACGCGCCUAUGUACACGCAAAACACGACACACUUAGGUUUUACGGAGCAUUUCCAUCCCCUUUUCUCAUUGUCUUCAAGUAAAGGAAAAAAAAAAGAAAAAAAACUAUCGUAAUUCCUACGUGUAUAAGACGUAAAGUCCGUGUAAAAUUAGACAUGAAGAGAAAAGUUAGUUACUGAAUCAGUGUACACGUCUACAUCUUUCAACGUAAAUGCUCUUAGGCAGAGGUACCUAUAUACACACAUCUAAAUGGACACACACACGCGUACGAGAUUAAAUCACGCCUAAUGUUAUAUCGAUGUUACAUACAUGGUUGUUAUACCACGCAUACCAACACGUACACGUACACGUACACGAAUUUCGUCUGUAUAUGUCUAUACAUAAUGUUACAUGUAUAUGGUCAUAUGAUAACUAUUACGUGAUAUCUAUGUAUUAUGAAACAUUUUUCUCGUAUCGGCCCGCACCUGUCGGACCUGUCUACUCAAAUUCUAAUGUCUAUAUGUCAUUGUUUAUUAUGUCGUUAAUGAUUAACGUGUAUAUGUGAACUUUCAAAUGAAUAAAAAUGACAUAAGCAAAA